UCGCACUUUCCCACACAACGCGCCCCAUCAUACUUGGGCUGGGAAUCUUUUUUGUCUUUCUUGGAGGUAAUGAUACAGCUGAAGUAGAUCUUUACAAAGCAUCCUUUCGAGAUAGCCUAUUUACGUACGUGUUUGACACGCGACGCGCAUCCCACGAUUUGAGAUUGCCCGCGCGGCCUCAGGAUUCCAACACGCAACAUGCAGUCCUCUCCUCCCAUGAGCGAAGGGAAAGCGCGCGCUAUCAGAGAACUCUCACGCAGUCUCAGUCACAGCCCCAGAAAUAUCACAUCGCCCUCACCACCACCCAGCGACUCGAAUCCCACGCAGCGGUCGGGUUUCGGCACCAACACGUCUCAAUUCUUUGACGACCCAGACAUUCUCAUGUCCACACAACACAACAUCGCGGAAGACACCAACACACUACCGGGAUACCCACGGAUUCGUUCAACCGCGAAGAAGAUGAACACUUGGGCUCCAUUUCGUUCCGAGCAGGUCCAGCCCGACACGUCCAUGGUCAACAAGGAGUUUGGCGACUUUGACCACAGCAUCUCCGACGAGGAGAGCAUGGCCAUCGAGCAGGCGCGAGGUAACCGCAGCAACCGCGGCACCCCCAGCAAGAUGAGCUCCCAGUUCAACAGCCUCUACGACAUCACACCCCCCACCAACAGAUCGCGUAAAUCAUACCAGGCAGACACUGGCAGCCUUCGACGCGACGCGGCCAUCCGACGCGCCUCGCGCAACGACCUGGACUACACUGCAUCCCCGCGUCCUGCAAGCAAGCGCAAUUCUCCCGCCCUCUCCACAAAGGAAAGCCGCAAGAGCACUUCACUUGCACAGCUGCACGCAAAGCUCUCCGAAGACGAGUCAUCGUUCAUGGAGCAUCGACCACCAACACUGACCAUGGAGUCGACCAAGAACACGCGCUGGGGUAACAGGAGCCGACAGACCUCUCUCCAAACCGACGGCAUUGCCGAUGCUCUUCCACAGCCAAAGGCUACACCUCGCUCAAGGCCUGCUACAGCACAGAACGCGACUGCGCAGUCCUUCAUCUUGCCCGACCUUCCCAACCUCACCGAGCUCGUCUCUGGCGUGUUUGACGAUGGCACACCCGUCUUUUCCAAGACUGCACCAUCACGAUCACGUUUUGCGGCUCCACCGUACGGCGGUCGCCGACCAUCGCAUAUUCCCAUCGAUGGGGCGCCUAUACCUGAUGAGGAAAAGGCCAUCUUCGCUGCUCUCCAGCAGCUGCAGGAGAAGAUUGCGGACAUGGAGCGCGAGCGUGAAGACAAGGACAAGAAGAUUGAUGAGCAAGAGCUGGAGUUGAUCGAGCUGAGAGCGACUACGCAAGCUCAGGAGAAGCUCCGACGAAGCGACAGCGCGCAAGACUCUGACGCUGGCGGGAAAAGCGGCUGGAAGGUCGAAAAGACACGUCUUGACGCGACUGUACAGACCCUCCGAACGAAGCUCGAUCGCGCCGAUCGCAAAUCCGCCGUCCUCGAGAUCGAGAAGAAACGUCUGAGCACCGAACGGGAUAACAUGGCCAAUCAGCUGGGUGUCGCGUUCCAGACUUGCGAGGAGCUCAAGAUCGAAAAGAAUGCCUUGACCAAGGAAAACGAUGAACUCCGCCAGGAAAUUGACACCCUUCGUGCCGAGAACGAAUCUCUGCGCGAUCAACUCGAACAAGACUUGGAGAACGCGAACCUGCACGCAGAGUUGGCUCGCGUGCGCGCUCUACAGGACGAAAACACUCAGCAAUUGACUCGCAGAGACAUGGAGCUGCGCAAGGCACGUCAAGAACACGCCGAGUACGCGAGAUUGAAGUCCGACCAUGAGUUACUCAAGGCCCAGGUUGAGGAACUGAAGAGGAAGCGCGAAGAGGAUGUCAAGCGCUGGGAGAGGCAGGAAGAGAGUUUAAGAGCAAAGGUUGGGAGGCGGGACGAUACUAUUCGGCUGUUUGAGGAUACGACGACUCAAGAGCGUACAAAUGAAGCUAUGCGUCUAGACAACGAGAAUCUCCGAAACGAACUCCGAGAACUCCAAGCUCAGCAAGACGAGGAGAAUGAAGAAUGGGCGAGGAGAGAGGCGGAACUACAGCGCAAGAUUCGACAGCGUGAGAUUGCUGCAAGGAAAGCUAGGGUAGAGAACGAUACCGAGCACAUCUUCGAAGACAAGCCUAGCUAUCGCCGCGAAGAUACACGGACGCGUAUAAGGAGUCGUGUUCAGCAGGAGGUCCGUAACAGCAAAGUUGCCAGCCAGGAAAGCCCACGGAAGUCGUUCACCGGACAUUCGAGGUUCUCAACUCGCAGCUUUUCUGCACCUGUCCCAGCCGAUAAGCAUGCGCGCGCAGAGAGCGAUGUAGAAUCGACCACCGAUCUCUCUCUUGCGCCACGCGCCACUCUGCGUAUCUCGCGGAACCCGGCUUCUUCUACUAGGCAGACGACGAUGACGGUUCAACCCCCCACUGAUCUGAGCCUCACGGAACUGAGCUUCUUCCCCCAGGAGGAAAUCGCGCGGUUGAGGCGCGAGCUGGAGGAACAGCGUGCGAAUGAGCGGGCUGGUAAAACUCAAACUGGAGAGCAGAUGAGGGAAGACACUGUGAGGAGUCAGCGACAGACUCGCGAGGAUACAGGGCGGUCCGUGGCAAGUGCAAAGAGCACAUCGCAUUCACGUCGACCCUCUCUUGUGCGCAAGUCUAGCCUCAAAGACACCACACAGCGCACCGCCACCACGCACUUUGACGAAGACACAGGCAAGCUGUCCCAUGCAGAUACCGCCGCCGACGAUGCGGAUGCCGAAGCAACGCAAACUCGCCAGUCAGCCAUGUCUGAUGCGUCGAUGCUCAGCAACACUGGAAGGCGAAGGCGGAGUGCGCCCGCCACGGAAAUGACAAGUGCGUUUAUCCUACCGGAUAUCAAACUUGCUUCUUCCACUACUACCGGAGUGAAAACACACACUACUGCUGCUACUACUACUACCAAGCCCGUCAUCAUCAGCAAGGAACACGACAAUGAUAAUUGUACCGUGUGUCGCCGCGAGGGUUACACGACGGCUACUGCUGCUCUCGUCGUGCCCAAGUUGGUCAAAGUGUCGGAACGCACAAGCACCGCCGACGAAGCAGAUGAUGCUACAAUGCGGCCUGCGCAAUCUCCUAGAGAGGCUCUUGCCACGGUCGUCAAGGGACUUAACGAUGAGCGCAUACACUUGACUGCCGAACUAGCUGUCCAGCAAGCCAUGCUGAGCGAGCACGAUCCUAGCCUAGGUGCUCGCCGCCGUGCGGCUAUCGAUGUUAGUAUUCAAGAUUUGAUGCGUAGGUUGUCUUGGUUAGACCAGCAGAUUUAUAGGCUGCAUGAUGUGCUUGAGGGACAGGAAGAUGUUAGUGAGGAGGAGGUUGAAGAGCUUACUCAGGCUGUUAAUACGGCUGCUGCUGCUGCUCCUGCUCAGAAGGAGAAGAAGAAGGUUACUAUUCGUAGCUUUGUGUCUGAACAUGAGGUCUCGGACUGUGGCGAUCAUCACGGUGAGGAUGGCGGUGAUGAGAGUGUCGAGUUUAGAAGAGGUGGUCGAGGCAAGACAGAUGAGGAGAGUGAGGAUGAGUUGCCGUGGGAGGGGUUUGGGGAUAAUGAGGAGAGUUUGGGCAUGGAGGGGGAUGUUAGUUUUAAUGCGCUCGCGGGGUGGAGG